UCGAGUGCCAAAACAUAGGAAAGGAUACCAAGGAAAUAAGAUGUCAGGAAUGACCCAGGUGGUCGCGACAUGCUGGACCUGCCUGCUGCUUUCUGCUUUCCUUUGUGAGCCGGUGCUGUCGAAGGGCGGUCGUGGAGGGUCCCGGGGAUCCUCUCGAGGCUCCCACUCCCGGAGCCCCACAGCGGGGAGAGGAGGCGCCUACGGCGGGACCCGCUCUCGCUACAGGUCGACAGGGCGGUCCUCCGCCGUGAGGGUGGCAAGUGCGGCAGCAGCAGGGGCAGCAGUGGCAUUAACAGCUGAUAAAUGGUACGCCUCCGCCUACCGCCGCAGCAAAGCCGACAGCUCAGAUGAAGAGCUGGAUUACUACAACAGGACCAAUUACUUUGAUGCACAAAUGUCAGGCUCAACACAAAAUGGAUCUUCUCUCUCUCAACUGGUUUCCAUUAUUAUUGCAACACUUUCCCCCAAAUAUGGACUUUUUACUGGAUAACAUACUGUAGAUGUUCAUCUUAUUUUUCUUGGAUAAAUUCCUGAUUCAG